CUGAACUCACUAAUCUCAACGCCUCCAUGGCCUGAACCGGCGCUCCCCUCAGUCUUCCUCCCUGGUUCCAUUUCAUUUCUUCCCUCCCCAUUUCAUCCUUUCGAUUACUGAUCCUCUCUCUUCAUCUCACUAGAACCAUUUGAUUCCAAUUCCUCCUUUGCUUCUUCCGUUCGAGAAUACCCUAUCAGGGUCUUCUCUCCACUCGAUCUACCCUCUUUCAUCAAUUCUCCUAGCACAAAGUUUCAAAAUUUUCGUUGAUCCGAUAUGCCCCAGGCGGACGUCGCCUGAUCGCCGCCUUCCAAGGCGUGGGCCGGCUCCCUCUUGUAUGGAAACGCGGAGCCGGAAGAGGGCGGAGGCCUCCUCUUUUAACCCCCCUGCUACCCGUGCAUCGAAGCGCCCUCGCUCUUCCUCUGCCUCCUCUUCUGAUACGCCGGUUGCAUUCCGCACUCGCCAAGCCUUGAACAGCACAGCCUCCCCCGUCAUGGAUUCUGAUAAUGCCUCUGGUGGUCGCCGGGAGCGCCGUAACUUCGGAAGGAGCAAUGUGAGGGACAGGGAUCCUCCUGCUGACAAGGGUAAGGAGAGGGACCCCUCCGAGGGUUCCUCUCGCUUUCGGGAGAGGGAGAGGGAGAGGGAGAAAUAUAUGGAUAGAGAAGCUGAGAGAAUCUUAGGACUUAGCUUCGACAGUGGCGGUGCAGAUGAUGACAACGAUAGCGAAGGUGGCGUGAGUGCCCUUCACCAGAACUUCAGUUCUGCUAGCAGUGCUCUUCAGGGGCUUCUGCGAAAGUUAGGCGCGGGAUUGGAUGAUCUUUUGCCUUCAUCUGCCUUGUCAGGUUCCUCCUCACACCAGAGCAGCAAACUCAAGAAAAUACUAUCCGGGCUAAGAGCCGACGGGGAGGAGGGCCGGCAGGUAGAGGCACUGACGCAACUUUGCGAGUUGUUGUCGAUUGGGACUGAGGAUUCUCUGGGAUCAUUUUCGGUAGACUCCUUUGUGCCCGUCUUGGUUGGGCUUCUCAACCAUGAGAGCAACCCCGAUGUGAUGCUGCUCGCUGCAAGGGCACUUACUCAUCUGUGUGAUGUUUUGCCUUCGUCCUGUGCUGCCGUUGUGCAUUAUGGUGCUGUGCCCUGCUUCUGCGCCCGACUUCUGACCAUCGAAUACAUGGACUUGGCGGAGCAGUCUCUUCAAGCUCUCAAGAAGAUUUCACAAGAGCACCCGACUGCUUGUCUGAGGGCUGGGGCACUUAUGGCUGUUCUUUCUUUUCUUGACUUCUUCUCAACUGGAGUUCAGAGGGUGGCGUUAUGUACUGCUGCCAACAUGUGCAAGAAGCUUCCGUCCGAUGCAGCUGAAUUUGUGAUGGAAGCAAUUCCAUUGCUGACAAACCUCCUUCAUUAUCAUGAUGCGAAGGUGCUUGAAUAUGCCUCCGUUUGCCUAACACGAAUAGCUGAGGCAUUUGCUUCGUCUCCUGAUAAAUUAGAUGAGCUAUGCCAUCUUGGGUUGGUUGCUCAGGCCGCUGGGCUAGUUUCCUUGAGUAACUCAGGAGGACAGGCUUCUCUUAGCACGUCGGCGUACACGGGAUUGAUACGCCUCCUGUCAACCUGUGCUAGUGGAUCACCAUCAGCAGCUAGAACUCUUCUUCUCCUUGGCAUCAGUGGAACACUAAAAGAUAUUUUGUCUGGUUCUGGUCUUGUUGCUAAUGUUUCAGUUCAUCCUGCAUUAGCAAAGCCAUCAGAACAGAUUUAUGAGAUAGUUAACCUUGCGGAUGAGCUUCUUCCACCUUUGCCAAAAGGAACUGUUUUCCUCCCGAUUUAUUCUAAUGUUUUUGGGAAAGGAUCAGCUGGAAAGAAAAUCUCUUGCAGCUCUUCAGGGAAGCAGGAGACUCAUAGAACAACUGGUGAAAUAUCUUCUCAUGAAAAGUUAUUGCAAGAUAAAUCUGAACUCCUGCAGCAGUUUGGAAUGGACUUGCUUCCUAUUUUGACCCAGAUAUAUGGUUCCAGUGUAAAUGGUCCGAUUCGGCAUAGAUGUCUUUCAGUCAUUGGGAAACUUAUGUACUUUAGCUCUGCUGAGAUGAUUCCAUCUUUGCUUAAUGCAACAAACAUAUCAAGCUUCUUAGCAGGAGUUUUGGCUUGGAAAGACCCGCAGGUGCUGAUUCCUGCUCUUCAGAUAGCAGAUAUUCUUAUGGACAAGCUUCCUGAUAUUUUUGCUGAAAAAUUUGGGAGGGAAGGGGUCAUCCAUGCUAUUGAUGCUCUCGUAGUUUCAGAUUCUUCAACCAGUGUUCCUUCUCAAUCAUUCCUCCCUGAGAAGGAUGCUGAUCCCAUCUCAUCUCGUUCUCGGCGACAUCGACGGCAUAGUGGACUUACUAACACAGAUGGCGGUUUGUUGGAUGAAGCAAAAGUUAUGGCAGAUGGAACUGCUAGUUCAACACCAUUAUCACAGGCUCCAGUUGCCAAUAAUAGCAUUAGGGCCACUGUGAGUAACUUUGCCAAAGCUUUUAAAGACAAACACUUUCCUGCUGUUUCAGGUGCUACUAAAGUUGGUGUCACUGAGGAUCUUUUUCUUUUGAGAAGUCUUUGUUCAAAAUUGAAUGCAAAUGCUGAUGUUGUGAAGUUUAAAGCAAAGGGAAAAUCGAAGGCCUGUGGAGCUAUUUCAUUUGAUACUUCUGCAAGUUUGGAGGGGGACCUUGAUGGUGUUAUUUCUGAGUUGUUGACGGUGCUUUGUAAAGGGAAUGGUGUAUCAACUUUUGAGUUCAUUGGCAGUGGUGUUGUUGUAGCUUUGCUGAAUUAUUUUUCAUGUGGAACAUUCGGGAAAGAUAGAGUUUCAGAGGCUAACCUAUCUGCCUUUCGUCAGCAAGCUCUUAUAAGGUACAAGUCUUUCAUAAAACUUGCUCUUCCUGUUGGUGUUAAGGAAGGGAAUGAAGUUCCUAUGAGCUUCUUGGUUCAAAAGCUUCAAAAUGCUUUAUCUUCUUUGGAGCGUUUUCCUGUUGUACUUAGCCACCCGUCUAGAUCAUCUAGUGGUGGUAGUGCUCGUCUUUCUUCUGGUCUUGGUGCAUUGUCACAACCCUUUAAGUUGCGCUUAUAUAGAGCACAAGGUGAAAAGUCUCUGCGUGAUUAUUCUUCCAGUGUUGUACUCAUUGAUCCUCUGGCGACUCUAGCAGCUGUUGAAGAGUUUCUUUGGCCAAGGGUCCAAAGGAAUGACUCUGCACAGAAGAUUUUCUCAGCAGUCGGAAAUCCUGAUGCAGGUGCCUCAGCUAACGGAGGCAGUGUUUCAUCACCAGGCAAAUCGACUCCUGUGUCAAUUCAUCGUCCUACAACAAGAUCUAGAUCAUCACUAAUCAUAGGAGGUACAGCGGGAAAGGAAUCUUGUGAUGGAAAUGCAAGCUCUUCAAAAGGAAAGGGUAAAGCUGUUCUGAAAUCUACACCUGAUGAGGGGAAAGGAACCCUAGGGAGAAAUGAAAACCGCAGAACAGCAGCUUCAGAAAAGGACAGAGAAAUGAAACCCUCACAUGUUGACUCUAACUCGGAGGAUGACAACUUGGAUCUGUCUCUUGUUGAGAUUGAUGAUGCUUUAAUGGUUGAAGAAGAUGAUGUCUCAGAUGAUCAAGAUGAUGAUCAUGAUGAGGUGUUAAGGGAUGAUUCUCUUCCUGUUUGUACACCUGAUAGGGUGCAUGAUGUGAAAUUAGGAGAUCCUUCUGAUGACUCUGCAAUUCCUUCUUCAGCAAGAGGCGGACACACUCGACCUUCUGCUUCUACAAAUAAGACUGUUGCAGCUAGAGGCUCAGAAUCUACUGAAUUGAGAAGUGGAAGUACAUUUAGUUCAAGGGGUGCAAUGUCGUUUGCUGCUGCUGCUGUGGCUGGACUUGCAUCUGUAGGUGGUAGAGGAAUCAGAGGUUGCAGGGGUCGUCGUGGACUUCCAAAUGGAGGCAGUCUUAAUGAAAACCAUAGUAAGUUGGUAUUCUCUAUAGGUGGGAAGCAACUGAGCAAACAUAUGACCAUAUAUCAAGCUAUCCAAAGCCAACUUAUGCUGGAUGAGGAUGACGGUGAUAGGCUAAAUGGGUCUGAACUUAUGCCCACUGAUGGAAGCAGAUCCUGGAGUGAUAUAUUUACUAUAACCUACCAAACUGCAGAUAAUCAGGCUGAUGGAUUAGCUCUAGGGUCAUCUUACUCAGCCAAAUCUAUGAAAUCUUAUCUUGCCUCAAAUUCUAGUUCAGAUGCCAGGUGGCAACACUUGUGCCUCCCUGAUAGCAUCUUGCAAGGGGAGCUUCCUUGCGAAAUUGAGAAAUCAAACCCCACAUACCAUGUUUUAGCAUUAUUACGUGUCCUUGAGGGUCUCAAUCAGCUAGCUUCUCGCCUAAGAAUUGAUGAGGCUGAUGAGCAUUAUGAUGGAAAAAUUAUUGGAUUUGAUGGACUACAUUUUGCUGGUACCAAACUUAAACAAGAAGAGUUUAUCAACAACAAACUAACUCCAAAGCUGACACGACAAAUCCAAGAUGCUCUUGCAUUAUUUAGUGGCAGUCUUCCUUCAUGGUGCUAUCAGUUGACCAAUGCAUGCCCUUUUCUUUUUCCCUUAGAGACAAGGAGACAGUAUUUCUAUACAUCAUCCUUUGGACUAUCUCGUGCUUUGCAUCAUCUUCAGCAACAACAAAAUGCUGAAAAUACUAGUGCCAUGAAUGAACGAGAAGUUCGUCUUGGUAGAUUGCAACGACAAAAGGUUCGUGUUUCAAGAAAUCGUAUAUUGGAGUCUGGUGCAAAAGUUAUGGAGAUGUAUGCUAGCCAGAAAGCUGUUCUGGAAGUGGAGUAUUUUGGUGAGGUUGGCACAGGUUUAGGUCCCACAUUAGAGUUCUAUACUCUUUUAAGUCAUGACCUACAGAAGGCUGGACUUGGAUUAUGGAGAUCCAGCACAUCAUCAGAAACAUCUGUAAUGCAAAUUAAUGGAGGGGAAAUGAACAAUGAUGACACCGCUGAUGGAAAGAAAAUGCCUUCUGUGCUUUCUACUCAAAGAGAUUUUGUUGUUGCUCCUCUGGGAUUGUUUCCUCGUCCAUGGCCUCCAAGUGCCAAUGCCUCUGAGGGUAGCGAUUUCUCAAAAGUUGUCGAGAAUUUUCGCUUGGCUGGUCGCAUCAUGGCGAAAGCUCUACAAGAUGGCAGACUUUUGGAUCUGCCUUUAUCAACAGCAUUUUAUAAGCUUGUACUUGGUCAAGAGCUUGAUUUAUAUGACUUUCUUUCAUUUGAUAGUGAAUUUGGAAAGAUACUGCUAGAACUUCAAAACCUUGUUAACCAAAAAAGGUUUCUGGAAACUGUUACCGAAGGUAAUCAGACAAUGGUAGAUGAUCUGCAUUUUCGUGGCUCUCCAAUUGAAGACCUUUGUCUAGAUUUUACCCUUCCUGGGUUUCCAGAUUACAUUCUUAAAGAAGGAGAAGAAAGCUUGGUGGUUAAUAUUGAAAACUUGGAAGAGUACAUUAACUUGAUACUAGAUGCUACAGUUAAGACAGGAAUUAUGCGGCAGAUGGAAGCAUUUAGAGCAGGAUUCAACCAGGUCUUUGACAUUUCUCAUCUACAAAUAUUCUCUCCACAUGAAUUGGAUUAUCUCAUUUGUGGCCGCAGAGAAUUGUGGGAGUCUGAAACACUGGCUGAUCAUAUCAAAUUUGAUCAUGGAUACACUGCAAAAAGUCCUGCAAUUAUCAAUUUGCUUGAGAUUAUGGCUGAGUUCUCUCCAGAGCAGCAGUAUGCUUUUUGCCAAUUUGUGACUGGUGCUCCCAGGCUUCCACCCGGUGGCUUAGCUGCUUUAAACCCCAAACUGACGAUAGUGAGGAAGCAUUCUUCAACCACAACAAAUACUGCAUCCAAUGGAUCCGUAAUAUCUGAAUCUGCUGAUGAUGACUUGCCAAGUGUCAUGACUUGCGCAAAUUUUCUCAAGCUCCCUCCCUACUCCACCAAGGAAAUUAUGUACAAGAAACUCUUAUAUGCCAUAUAUGAAGGACAAGGAUCAUUUGAUCUUUCUUAAGCCGAAAACCAUGAAGUUAUUAUUAUAUAAUUAUCUGCAAAUUGGCAUUGUUACUCAUUUUUGCAGCCAAAAUUCCCCUGUAAUAAUGUGAUCACAGAUUAUUGUUUAUUUCACUCGAUGGAGUUCUGGAGAAAGAGAAGGGACGGCUUUCGAAACGAUUUUGUAAAUAAGAUAAGUUAUUUUUGCUUGUUUUUUUUCACUUGUAACGUUUUUUUGCUCUUUCAUUUAUUGGUUUCAGCAGCUCGGCUGUAAUUUAGUUUCAAACAUAUUGGUAGCAAUUGAAAGGG